AUGCCCUGAUCCCAAGCACAAAGGCGGGGUGAGAGGUGGUUCCCUCCUAUUUCUAUAAAGUUAGACUUCAGACAGCCUUUUAACUAUUUACAGUAUUUGUUAACAUAUUAAACACAUACAGGGCUACAGGGCACAUAAAUCAAUGUCAAACCCUAAUUGGACAUUGAGGGGAAAGUCACUUCCAUCCACAACCCCCACGGAAAACAAUAUAUCCACAAAAAACCAGAAAUGACUUUGUUCAAAUAACACUAUUUACCCAUCACAACCAAACAAUUUCAUUAGUAUCAACACAAUGCAACAUCACAAUACAACACUUCUUUUACAAAAUACAAGACACCAACAUAAAUAUUCUUAAUAACACCUAUUCCUUAAUAUAGGCCCUGACCCAUGGGAAGAGAGAAGUCCUUCCCUCAGUGGGGUCCCGUGGCUGGGGGGAUGCAGGAAUCACCAUGGGCCCUCCCUUUAGGGCCUUGCCUGGGCAGGGACUGUUCACCCAGCCCCUUCUCCAGGUUUGCCUACCCCAAACAUCCUUCCCCAGUGAGACCCAAUGGCCCAAUGACUCACGAUCCCUCAGGUGAUGGUGCUCAGGGUGCAGGUCAAUGGGUCUCCUCUGUGCCACCACUGGAGCACCUCUCCAGGUGUCCCUGUGCAGCCAGGCUCCUCCCACCCUGUGCCCCACUCUGGGCACUAAGGACUUGCCUCCUCUGGGCUGCUGCACCACCACCGCUGCUGGCUCCUGGGUGCUGGGCCUCAUGCUGCAACACUGCUAUUUCCUCAUGCCCUGGCUUUGGCACCGAGGGCUCUUCUAGCACAGGCCGGCUCUUCUGGCUCCGGCAGUCCGGCCCCCUACCAGAUGGCUAACCUGAGCAGCCACCGCUGCUCCCUGGGUCUGCUCCCUUGCACGCCACUCACACACUUCCCUACCCGGCCGCCUUGCCAGGGUUACAGGCCUGAGCCACCCUGACACGGCUCCAAGGCCCAUGUGCCACCCUCUGCACUGUGGGACCCACCGGCCCUCCAGGAUUGCAGGCUCAAGCCUGCCUGGCCACAUUCCUAGUUCCUGGAUGCUGUGUGUCAGACUAUGCACCGUGACAAGCCUGAGGGUCUCACACCCUCCCAGGGAUCUUCAGGAGCUCAGGACCAUUCCCUGCUGGGGGACUCUGUGUCCCCAGUUUCUCACUCAGACCUUCCCUCUGCAGCUCCCCCAUCACAUCGACCUUCAUGCCUGGCACACUGCUCUUUGUAGACUCUUCAGGGCUCCGCCCCUGAAGUCUUCCAGACCUGACAGCCUUGCAGUCUCCAAUCAGGUCCGUACAGCUCCUUCCCCCGCUUCCCCUUAGGAAAGGGGUGUGGCUUCUCUUUUUGCUGCCUCCUGAUUGGUGGAUGGGCUCCACCAAUCAAAACAGCAGAAACUUGAGCCUAGGACUCAAGUCAAGCUCCAACAGGUAAGGCUGCUACGCUAAUAACUGAAAAUGUGUAACAACUCUCUAGCUGGUUUCUCUCCAGCACUGAUUUGAACAUGGGGCAGGGCCAGAGGCCUGCAUGGGAUUGAUGGGCAGAGACCCGAGGAUGGUGCUGGAUUUGGGGGGCUCCAGGGAUGUCUGUCCCCAGGAAAGGUGAGGCCCAGACCCUGCAUCAGCUCCAGGGCUGCAGCACUGAUGUGUGCUCCUCUGACAGCAGGUUCCUCCCAUCCCCAGAGAGACCUUCAGAGCCAGGGAGGGACAUGAGAGAGAUCCCAGCCCCCACCACAGCCCAGGGUCAGCCCUGUGCCCAGCCUGGCCAGUGCCCCUCACUCCCAACCUUCAACCUCCUGCCCCGACAUCAUGAGGUUGCCCUUCACUCCCAAACCCAUGUCUUCAUUCAGCACCAGACCCCACUGCCACCCCAGAGCUCGAGAGAAUCAGACUUGGAUUUCCAGCUCCCACUGCCUGGUCCCUACAUGUCUUGUGGUAGGUGACAAUGAAGAUAUCAUUAUCCCGCAUGUAACCCUCAUUCGCUGAUGGGCCAUAGGAAAUAGGCCUUGGUGGGGAAGAGAGCAGCCAUGUAUGGAAAGGUGGACUUUGUGUCGCACCCUAGGACACACAGAUAGGGGUCCUGAAAUCAGGGCUGGGCCCAGGCAGCCCAGCCUAAGGGGCAUGCAGUUACACCAGAAGGAAAGUGCUUAUUCAGGCAGGGUUAGUCCUGGAAGCAGGAUUGCCCUGAGCCAGGAAAGCAGGGGCAAUUUCCUGUCACUCCCCGGCGACCCUCAGUCCCAUCACCAGCCCCGGAUGCCUGCUGCCAUGCGACCUAAGACUGCCAGGGGUCUUGCCUGGCUUCAAGCCCACAGUAGCCAGACCCAGCUUGCAUGCACCCUGCCGUGACUGCCCCCCUGGGGAUCCCCAACCUCUACCUCCCAAAUCUCUUCUCACUUCCCCCAGUCUGCUGGCAAUGGUCCUAUCAAUGCAGCCCAGAUGCUGUUUGCCUUCUUGGCAACAAGGGCACACUGCUGGCUCCUGUUCAGCUUCUUGUCCCCUGUCCCCCCAGGUCCUGUUCUGCAAAGCUACUGCCCAGCCCGUCAGCCCCAGCCCCAGUGCAUGGGAUUGCUUUCUCCUAAGUGCAGGACUUUGCACUUGUCUUUGUUCUUAGUUUCGUAGAUCUGCAGCCAUUAGAGGCUGAAAGGGACCUCACAAGAUCAUCGAGUCCAGCCCCCCCACCGUAGGCAGGGUGUCUGCUGGGGUCAAAUGACCCCCCAAAAUUAAGCUUUGAAAGGCCAUUUGAAUGAGUCCAGAGUAUGGACGCUCGGACCAUAAAGAAGUUUUUCCUUAUGUCCAGUUUAAAUUGGCCUUCCAGGAGUUUGUGGCAGUUAGGCCAAGUUAUCCCUUUGGGAGCCCUGGUGAGCAACUGUUCUUCCAGAUCCUGGCGCACCCCCUUAUACACUUAUAGGCUGCCACCAGGCUGAAGAGUCCCAUGGCUCUCAACCACUCCUCAUAAGGCUUGCUGUCUCUUGUUGAAGCUCAUGAGAUUUACUUUGGGCCAAUCCUUCUCUGAAUCCUAGCCCUACCCUCCAGCACAUCCACUGCUCCCCACAGCUUGGUGUCAUCUGCAGAAUUCCUGAGGGUGCGCUCCAUCCCAUCUUCCAGCUUUCCCGGGUCCUAACCCUGCUUUUGGCUUGGUUCUCAUUGUUGGCUGUGGAUCUCCCUGCUGAUCUGCUACCUGGCUCCAAACCCUGUUCCUCAACCUCACCCAGGGGAUUGCCCCUUGGAUUUGGCCCAACGGGAUCUCAGCUGCAGAAGGAGAUGGCCCUGGUCCUGUUGGCCAUGCUUUGCCUGCUGGGAGCUACCCCCACGGCGAAAACGUCACUGCCGUGAGGUGGACACUUGGGAGAGACACGGUCGUGUGUCACACAGACGAUGCUCGGAUUGACGCAGACUUCCAGGGCCGCACCCGCCACCUGGGAGACCUGCAGAGGUGCUCUCUGAGACUCAUGUGGCUGCAGCGCAGUGACCAGGGCUUGUACCACUUCUGGUUUGAUCCAGUGGCCGACGGCCAGACGCGGGAGUGGAGUAGCACGCAGGCGGUGCAGCUCUAUGUCUCUGCCAAUCCAUGCCAGCCCAUCCUGGAGACAGAAGUCAGGUGGAAAGUCCAUGUGGCCUGUUCUGUUCAACCUGACUGUCCCCACCCCCUCUCCUGGUAUGACCAAGCUGGCAAGCACCUUUUUGCAAGGGCAAACUUUGGAUGGAGCCAAGAAGACCAGGCAGCCACUAUCCCUGUCCUGGAUGGACCACAGCAUGGUUCUGAAAUGCUUGGUGAAGGGAUAUCGAGAUGAGUGUGCGUCUGAUCAGACCCAGCCCUCCAGGGCAGGUGAGGACACCUGGGUUCUAUCCCAGCCCCGGACAGAACUCAGUGUGGAGAUUUCAUGGCUGGCUAGGAGAAGACUUGUGCAGGAAGGUGACUCCUUCACACUGCGCUGCCAGACGGUUGGCCAAAGGCCUGUGCUCAGGUAUAUCUGGGCCCAUGGGAACGAGUGGCUGCAGGAAGCUGGGCAAGAAUUGCACAUCCCCCAUGCAGGUGUCACAGAUGGAGGGUGCUUCAGCUGCAGUGUCUGGGUCUCCGGCCCCAACUCGGGACUCCUGGUCUCCACAAGGAAAUCCAUCACCGUUCACUAUGUCCCAAAGGGAGUUCAUAUCAUGGCUACACUGAGGACUAACGUGAUGGAGCAGGAAACGGGGGCCUUAACAUGCAAUUAUAGCAGUAGUGUCCCCUCCAGUGUCACCUACACAUGGUACAAGGACCACGUUGUACUGAAUGAGACCCGGCAGAAGCUGGAGCUGGAGGAUAGGGGAGCAGAGGAUGCUGGGGAAUAUUGGUGCGAGGUGAAAAAUGAGGUUGGAGCCUCCCAGUCUUCUUCCUUCACCAUCCAGGCAGGCUGUGACAGGUGCUACCAGCUGAGCCCAGGCCUCAUAGCGGGUGUUGUGGGCAUUGACCUGCUAAUCAUCAUCCUCUUCAAUGUGGGGGCUCAGUGUCUGCUCAGGAGAGGCCAGCAGCAGUCACAGGCUGCAAAGGGAGACAUGAGGAGUUCUCACAUCCUGGAGAUGGAGUCAAACUAUGAGGCGAGCAUGGGGUCUGCCAGGCCUUGGGGUCUCUGUAGCCUCCUCUUGUAUAUUUGUGGGUGCAGUGCCACUCUCGACACUGCUGGAUGGACUCAGCAUGUCCUGAGCAUGUGCCCUAGACCUGGAUCUUGUAAAUAGCUUGGAGGAGAUUUCCUACCCAUGGGGACUUUUGCUUAUUGGGGGAGAUACCCUGCUGGCUCUAGCCCCACUGGAUAGGGCUCUCACUAUCUGUGUUUGGGCCAACAGGAACUUCAGGGCCAGACCCAGGAUAUCUACAGCACGUUGGAGGCACCCACAGCUGGCAUUGUGUGAGCUCCACAGAUG